UGCGAAUCAAUUAAUUCUGGCCGAAAAAUUGCUGUUCAAAAGUUCUAUAAUGGAGUGGAGGUGAAACGAAGAAAGUUAGAAAAACCUGACGAUGAUGAGAAAUGGUCAAGAAAUCCGAUCAAACUGUGGAACAACGCAGACAAAAUGUGCAAGGGAGACAUUUCAGGCG